GUGGCGGGGGCUAGGGUCAGCACGGCCUGGUUCGGAGAAUUGGAGGUGGGGGAGGAAGUGGGGAGCGUCGGUGCAGAGGCGAGCGGGGGGGAGGAGGCUGACCAUGAAGGCGCUGCUGCUGCUGGUGCUUCCCUGGCUCAGCCCGGCCAACUACACCGACAACCUGGGCAACCUGCACAUCCUCUACUCUGAGCUGUGCAAAGGGGCCUCUCACUAUGGGCUCUCAGCAGACAGGAAGCGGCGCUCGCAGGAGGGCGAGUGCACCGACAGCACGUCGGAGCUCACCCUCGCCACGCUGCCCGGCGACGGCCCCGCCUCCGGCGCCGUGGCGCUCCUGUCGGACGAGUCGGGCCUGGUGAACCCGGCCUUCGACCCCAGCAUGGAGGAGAGCAGCCAGUCGGGCAGCACCACCAGCCUGGCAGCUCGCAGCAGCAGCAAGAAGAUCAGAAACUUCGAGCGGUCGUCGGUGCGGAGCCGCUCCUUCCGGAGGCUGAACCGGGCCUUCAGCGUCCUGCGGAGGACGAAGAGCGGCACCGCCGUGAGCAACGAGACGUCGGAGGACAGGGACAACGCCCGCAACGCCUCCACGCCCCAGGAAGUGCUGCCUCUUCCCCAGCUGCACCACCUGAUCCCCGACGGCGAGCUCACGAGCAUCAAGAUCACACGGGCGGAUCCCUCGGAGCCGCUGGCCAUCACCAUCGUCGGGGGCAACGAGACCCCGCUGGUCCGCGUCCUCAUCCAAGACAUCUACAGGGAGGGCGUCAUCGCCCGGGACGGACGCCUGCUGCCCGGCGACAUGAUCCUCAAGGUGAACGGCAUCGACAUCAGCAACGUCCCCCACUGCUACGCCCUGGCCACCCUCAAGCAGCCCUGCCAGCUGCUCCGCCUGACGGUGCUCCGCGAGCAGCGCCACCGCUACCGCUCGCGCGGCGCCGCGUCCUUCGGCCCGCCGCGGGACGACAGCGUCCACGUGGUGCUGAGCAAGUCCAUCCCGGACGAGCAGCUGGGCAUCAAGCUGGUGCGGCGCCCGGAGGAGCACGGCGUCUUCGUCUUCCACCUGCUGGACGGCGGCCUGGCGGCGCGCGACGGGCAGCUGUGCGUCGGCGACCGCGUGCUCGCCAUCAACGGCCACGACCUGCGCUACGGCGCGCCGGAGCACGCCGCCCUGCUGAUCCAGGCGUCAGAGGAGGCCGUCCACUUCAUCGUGUCCCGUCAGAUCCGCCUCCCCACGCCGGAGAUCUUACAAGAGGCGCCGUGGGGGAUGGACGGGCCCCCGCCAUACUCCCCCGUGGACAUGGAGCAGACGCUACUGGACUCCUGCCAGAAGCCGGCGUGCUACGAGAAGACGGUGACUCUGACCAAGGAGCCCUACGACUCCCUCGGCAUGACGGUGGCCGGCGGCAUGUCCAGCCGAGGGUGGGACCUCCCCAUCUACGUCACCAACGUGGACUCUGACGGGGUGGUGGGGCAGGAGGGCUCCAUCCGCAAAGGUGACAUCUUGCUCAACGUGAAUGGGUUGGACCUGACGGGGGUGACGCGAGGCGAGGCCGUGGCCAACCUGAAGAACACCACCUCCCCCGUGGUGCUGAAGGUGCUGGAGAUGCGUCCUCCGGAGGAGGGGCUGCAGGAGUCGCCCCUGCCCUCCUGCCUGGGGCCCGCGCCCCCCCCCGACAGCACCAAGGGCCCGGCGCCCAGCCACGACUACUCGCCGCUGUGGGUGUCGUGGCUGCAGCUGCCCAGACACGUCUACUGCUGCAAAGACAUCGUGCUGCGGAGGAGCACCUCGGGCAGCCUGGGCUUCAGCAUCGUGGGGGGGCAGGAGGAGGUCAACUGCAACCAGUCCUUCUUCAUCCGCUCCAUCGUGGAGGGAACGCCGGCCUACAACGACGGCCGCAUACGGUGUGGGGACAUCCUGCUGGAGGUGAAUGGGACCAGCACCUGGGGGAUGACCCACACGGCGCUGGUCCGCCUCCUCAAGGAGCUGCGGGGCCGGAUCACGCUGACCAUCGUCUCGUGGCCCGGCAGCCUGCUGUAGCUCCGCCUCGCCGUGUGGGGGGCGGAGCUUAUUGGAGCUCGCUGCUUGAGGAGCUUCUGACGGCUGAGACUUUGGCCGGGACACGAGACCGGACUGGGACCAGGGGGGGACUUGCCCCUCAGAGGACGCUGAGCGCGGGGGCCUGAGCCCCCCCCCCCCCCCCAAGCAGGAUGUUGUUAUAUUGUGUUUGGAGGUCGUCCAGCGGGGGGGGGGGGGGGGGGGGUCUACAGUUCCA